UGCCAUGGUAACCUUUCGGUCCGCGACACACACAAGCUCACGGUUGCUGCUGAAUCUUCACUCUCCUUCAAACGACAACAACAACAGCGUUUGCAUUCAGCAGAGGCUGUCGGCCGAGCGAAACCGACUGCUCUCUCACUAGCCAGUGCACGGGUUUGAAUCACAGCUGGAAGAUGGAUAACGGGAGGUUGCAUUUAACAACGCAGGUUAGCAGAGACAGAGUGAUAUCCAAGUUCCCAAAGUGGUACACACCUGAAGCCUGCCUCCAGUUUAAAGAUCACUUCCACGUUCAAGUGAGAAACGCCUGUCAGGAUCGACACACCAGGAAUGUGGGGCUUAAAAUAUCCAAGGUGGUGGUGGUUGGAGAUCUGUACGUGGGGAAAACGUGUCUCAUCAACAGGUUUUGUAAAGAUAUUUUUGACAGGGAUUACAAGGCAACGAUAGGAGUGGAUUUUGAAAUAGAACGGUUCGAGAUAGCUGGAGUUCCAUACACCCUUCAAAUCUGGGACACUGCGGGGCAGGAGAAGUUCAAAUGUAUCGCCUCUGCGUACUACAGGGGAGCACAAGUUAUUAUUACAGUGUUUGAUCUGGCUGAUAUUAAGACUCUGGAGCACACAAGACAGUGGCUGGAAGAUGCAUUGAAGGAGAAUGAGCCAGGCUCCUGUUUCAUCUUCCUGGUGGGCACUAAAAAGGAUUUGGUGUCUCAGGCUGAGUGUGAACGAACAGAAAAUGAUGCUAUUAAAAUGGCCUCAGAAAUGCAUGCAGAGUACUGGUCAGUCUCUGCUAAAACAGGGGAGAACGUGCAGGGGUUCUUCUUCCGGCUGGCAGCUCUAGCUUUCGAGGAAUCGAUCCUCAAAGACUUGGAGAAGUCAAACGGCACUGCAGCCAGGAUUGGAGAGGGCGAUCUCAUCAAAAUCGACCGAAGCACUGCAGAAAGCUCCCAAAGCAAAGGCUCACCCCAGAUGAACCUGGGCUGCUGCUAAUGAGAGGGAAUUGAGGAGGAUGCUGUGUUGGCUUUCUCCUCUGCAACACCAGCCUGUGACGAAGUGGAGCCGUGCAAAGAAAUAAGAGGCAGUCAGCUAUAUAUCAGCUGCGGGGUUGGAUUAUAAUGCUCUGAACAGCAGCUGGUCUUCAUACUGACAGUCUUAAACUAACAGUAACUGCAGACCUCUUUUGUUAAUUAGGGGUUGUUUAAACAGGAUUAAUAUUUAAAUCCAUUGCUGUUUACUUUAGUAGUUUUCCACCAGGUCCUUUAAUUCCCCCAGCGGUCCUGGUUUGUUAUUUGUGGGUUUUUUUUAUUUGUAAUUUAAUCUGGUGAUGAACAGACUCUGUAGCUUGCUCUCUGUAGUCUCUUUGUAAGUGCUGUCUUAUAAUGUGCCCUUCUGUGGAUCAAGGUUGAAUCCCUCUGGUUUAGACCAUUAAAACAGACCUGGCGAUGUGUGUGCCAUGGGCUGCGACACGCCAGUCACAGGCGGUGUUCCAAUGAGGAGGCAUGUGGAGUUGUCUCCAGAUGCAACUGAAAAAAAACAGCAACUCCUAAACUGAGGGAACACAAAGCUACUUGAAACCAGGAGAUCUAAUAGAGCGCACCUUUGCUGUAUCAAACCCCAAGUCUCCCUGGUGUGCCCUGCCAAGUCAUAAAGUGGCUUCAUGUUCCCUCAGUUUACAAACACCAGGCAACGUUUGGACAACUUUUCCUGACAAUUUACCAAGCAACUUGUUUUAGAGGUCAUUUCAGUAGGCAAAGAUGCAAUAUUCUAAACACAUUGGUUGAAGUGUCCCCUCUGAAAAGUUGCCUGGUGGUACAGGAACUCUUUUCCAAGCUGUGGUUUUUUUUUGUUUUAUUUUUAAUGGCUUUUAUAAAUAUUUUCCUAUUUAGAAUGAGAUCUUGACCUAAAAGAAAUCACGUGUAACACUACCUUUAAAAAGAGGACAGCGUUUCUGUGAUGGUAGAAGCAGCACUGUACCAGAAUCUUCACUUUUGGAUAAAAUAAAUAAAAAUAAGAUGACAGUUUUAAAUAAUACUUUACCAAAAACAGUUCUGCUCAAAUCCUCUAACCUGUUUUUUGUUGCUGUAAUUGCAAGAGCACCAGAUUGAGUUGUCUUGAGUUGUCUCAGUCACUCAUGGCAAAUCCACUGGCCACCAAACCGGGACAGCUCCUCAUAUCUCAGUUAUUAGGAACGGGUGGACCUCAUUUUCCACACCUGAUCAAUCCUGUCCUUACAGUCAUUUUGGGGUCAGUGUUACUUUCAGGAUGAUCUCUAACUGUAAUGUUGUCUCUGCCGUGCAUUUUCCUUCACUAGAAUUAUUUUCGUUUUAUUAUGACUCUUAAUGGGAACUGUGUUUAGGUGAUAACCCAAAUACUGUUUGUUAGCUUUUUUAUUUCAAUGUUCUAUGUUUUAAUAAUAAUAAUAAUAAUAAUAAUAAUAAUAAUAAUAAUAAUAAUAAUUUUGAGUUAAUUUGGUUUAGUGCAGUUUCAAUUUUGUGUAAUUUUUUGCAAUCUUAAGAAUAUUCCUUGAUGCCAGUAUAAUAUGUUCUGUAACAGCAAGCUCCACAAAACAGUGUCACACUGCCAUAAUGAUAGGAUAACAACAUAUAUCUGAAUAACUUUCAAUCAGUGCGCUGUGUUCUUUGUAACACCACAUUCUAAUACUAAUAGAUGCUUAAAUAUAUUGUUACAUUUUCAGAUGAGGAAAAAAAACACAAGCGCAGUGCAGUGAUUUACUUAAAUUAAGGACUAUAUAAAGAAAAAAAGAUAUAUAUCCCAAAGAUUACACCAAACAUUAAACAGUGUUAAUUGUCGUUUUUAAAAUGCAUUUAAUAUUACCAGUGAGUAAUAAUCGUUCCAGUCUGAUCAGUGAGAUCUCUUCUUUUCAGAGAGGAUAGUGACAGCAGGCAACACUGCAGCCAGCCGCACAUCUACAUUUACGUUCAAGGAGAAACCAAUAGUGAUUCUGUUUUCUUGGUUGCCACAGUAUAUGCACCCGUGGCUUUAUCUGUAGAUAUCUCUGUAUGUUAUAUAUAUAUAUAUAUAUAUAUA